AUGGUAGCCAAUGCUGCCCCAAAUGGAGAACGACAACGGAAGUUCCUAGAGGAAGAAGAGAUCAUCAUAACAGUAGGAGGCGAAGACAUCCAAGAUGGGAUAAGUAGGUGCGAGAAGAGUUUAAUUGGGAGAUUACUUGCAGACCGGCUGUUUUCAGGAGGCACAGUGGAGGUGGCACUACAAGCAAUCUGGAGGCAUCCUAAAGGAUUUAGAGUGACGGAUCAUGGAGGUAAUCUCUUUCAAUUUUACUUUGAUGACGAGAUGGAUGUAACACGAAUAGAGAGAGGGGCUCCAUGGUUAUUCAAAAACUUCAUUCUAAAUCUUAAAAGGUGGAAUGUGCAUGAUCCAAUAACAGAUGCUGAUUUCACUUAUGUGCCAAUAUGGAUACAAUUUUGGGGGUUGCCAGAACACUACAAAACAAGAGAAUUGGGUAGAAAAAUUAGGAGUGCAAUGGGAGAAGUAUUGGAUGUAAACCUUUUCCAAGUUAGAGAUACUUGGGACAUGAAACAAGGAACUGCAGAAAACAGUUGA